AUGGCGGAACUAAGAUCAGGUGUUCUUUUCAAGCUUCUAGAAGAAAUGGGAGUCGGAAAAGUGCGAAGAGACGUAGAUCACAGACCGGUUUUGCUGCAGAUAAGAAGCAUAGUCCCUGUGUUAGCAGCUGGAGGAUUAUGGCCAAACAAAGGUUUCUUCUUGAGAAUCUCAGAUUCAACACAUUCAAUGUAUGCCUCAUUGCCACAAGAAGAUAACGAUCUUGUUCUCUACGACAAGUUACAAAUAGGUCAAUUAAUAUUCGUGGAAAAGCUUGAAUUUGCUUAUCCAGUUCCUACGAUCAAAGGCAUUAGACCAACUCCUGGUCGGAGGCCUUGCACUGGUGAUCCAGUCGAUCUAAUCCCUAAAGAACGAAUCGAGAAAUUCUGCGUCAGUCUAACGGAAACUGAGCAAAGCUACAAUGAACACCAAGUGAAGAAGCCAAGAAGAACGAGAUGGAACAAUGCAAGCGUCUCUGAGUUAAAUUUAGGGUUAUCGAAAAACCUGACGAGUGUUAUGGAAGAAAAGGAUGAUACAGAGUCUAUAGUUUCAAGUUGCUCUUCGUCUUUAUCUUCAGCAGCUAGGAGAAGAAGCUGGAUAGGUUUGGAUGAUGAUAACAGAAUGUCAUUCGAUCCAUCCAGGAUUAAGAAUCAUGAUCAUCAUGACAUUAAACUACAUGUUUCAAGAGCUCGACGUUUUUCUGCUGCUUCGCCUUCUCCUUCUACACGAAGCUGUGGAGUGAUAGAGGAGAGGUCAAGUAGUAUAACACGAAGAAGAAGAGAUGGUGUUGUUUCACCAUCUCCAACAUGGGCUAAAAGCUUAAGCUAUGGAAGUGGAAGCCAAAAGAGUAAGAACCUUCUUCCACCUAAAAGCAACACCCUUGAAUCCUCAGAAUCGAUAUCGAGGAAAAGAAGCUGGACAGAGACAGAGAUUCUCUGGAACUCACUUCCUCCUAAAGUUGUAGAUCUCGGAAAGGAAAUUCUAAGACAGAGAGAUAAUGCUAUUCGCGCUGCGUCUCAAGCUUUGUUAGAGGCCUCAGCUGCUGAAAGAUUGCUCAAAUGUCUAAGGUCAUACUCGGAGCUGUCGGAGAGGAGAAUGCAACAUCAGCAUAACCAACAGCUACCAAUCGGAGAGUUCUUGAGUUUUCAGGAUGAGUUAAGCAAGAGCAAGCUCAUCAUUCAAUCACUAUCAACUGAAAAAACAGACCACAGCUGCAAGUCCAACACAGUCAAAACAGGGAACGAGAGACGAGAAAAGGCAACGCAAUGGAUCAAGACAGCGUUGGCUACGGAUCUCAAACCGGUUUCUUUAUCUGCGAGCAAGCCUACACAGAGCCCCGGGAAAAAGGGUCUUACCCUAAUCGCUCAAGAAAUCGAUUACAAUGAAGAUAACACAAGCAAAAGAGACUUAGGAUCGGGAGAGAGAAAGGAGAGGUUAAGCAGAGCAUCGUGCGAGCUUAGAAACUGGCUAAAGGAAGAAGGAAGAAGUUGGUAUCUGAGCCGUGUUGAGAAGUAUUUAGAUGAGAUUAGCAAUGGAACAAAGUGGAGAGAGAUGAGCAGUCAGCAAGUAGGAGAAACCAUGUAUCAGAUCAAAAGAGUGAGUGAUUGGUUAGACGCGAUUAUCAAAAGAGAUGAUGAAGAAGAAGACGAGGAAGUAGGGAUGAUGAUGAUAACAGAGUCUGAAACAGAGGCUUGUGGUAGGGUGAGGAAUAAGAUUUAUAGGAUCCUUUUGAAACAUGUUGAGACAACUUCUUUGUUAUCUCAUCAACGUAGUACCAAUCUCAUGUCUCAUCAUCAUCAUCAACAACAUCAACAUCAACAACAGCAACACUUGUUCUAUAAGACAACUUCACUUUAG